AUGUUCGCAAGGUCAGUGAAGGAAGCCCGGCUCAUUGUGUUUAGUUCCGUCUUUUUGGGUCUCUGCCUGAGACUAGAAUACAGCGGGGUGAAGGUGGUAAGAGCUCAAGGGCCAGUGAAGGCCGGGUCAGCUGGAGCCUUAGGGUCCUGGCAGCGGCUAGAACAGGGAGGAGUGACGUAGUGUGACUAUCUGUGAAACUUCGGCCAUGGAAUUUGGCGUGGGGUUUCCAGGGCGAAAGACCCUGUCCAGUGACAUCUGAGGUCGUGCGAAUAUGCGACCUUUGUGUGACCAUGGUCGCGUUUUAUAUUCUUGUGGCUGUUUGAUUCUGACCUUGCAGUUUUGUCAGAGACAACGUGCAUGUAUUUGUUCUUCCUGGACUUCUCGAUUGUAGGGAGUGGGCUGAGGAGUAGCGUGUGGGUCUCCGGAAGCUCGUCCCAGGCCAUCUGUGUGACUCCGGUGCGAGUGGAGUCAUCUGAGGCCACUGCUAUUUCCCAAGAGAAGAGCCAGGAGGAAGAAAGAAUGGCUGUUGGGCUUCUUAAAGCCAUGUACCAGGAGUUGGUGACCUUCAGAGAUGUGGCUGUAGACUUCUCCCAAGAGGAAUGGGAUUGUCUGGAUUCUUCUCAAAGACAUCUGUAUAGUAAUGUGAUGCUGGAGAACUACAGGAUCUUGGUAUCACUGGGACUUUGCUUUUCCAAACCAAGUGUGAUAUUAUUGUUGGAACAAGGAAAAGCACCCUGGAUGGUGAAGAGAGAGCUGACAAAAGGCUUGUGCUCAGGCUGGGAGCCUAUAUGUGAGACUGAAGAAUUAACCCCAAAGCAGGACUUUUAUGAAGAACAUCAAUCCCAGAAGAUAAUAGAAACACUUACAAGCUAUAACCUUGAAUACUCCAGUUUGAGAGAAGAGUGGAAAUAUGAGGGCUAUUUUGAAAGGCAACCAGGGAAUCAGAAGGCAUGUUUCAAGGAAGAGAUAAUCACUCAUGAAGAACCCCUUGUUGAUGAAAGAGAACAAGAAUAUAAAUCUUGGGGAAGUUUUCAUCAGAACCCACUGCUUUGUACACAAAAGAUAAUCCCCAAAGAGGAGAAAGUAUAUAAACAUGACACACAAAAGAGAAGCUUUAAAAAAAAUUUAAUGGCUGUUAAGCCCAAGAGUGUCUGUGCAGAGAAGAAACUUUUGAAAUGUAAUGAUUGUGAAAAAGUCUUCAGCCAGAGUUCAUCCCUUACUCUUCAUCAAAGGAUUCAUACUGGAGAGAAACCCUAUAAAUGUAUAGAGUGUGGAAAAGCCUUCAGCCAGAGAUCAAAUCUUGUUCAACAUCAGAGGAUUCAUACUGGAGAAAAACCCUAUGAAUGUAAAGAAUGUAGGAAAGCCUUCAGUCAGAAUGCACACCUAGUUCAACAUCUGCGAGUUCAUACUGGAGAAAAACCCUAUGAAUGUAAGGUAUGUCGAAAAGCCUUCAGCCAGUUUGCCUACCUUGCUCAACAUCAGAGAGUUCAUACAGGAGAGAAACCCUAUGAAUGUAUCGAAUGUGGGAAAGCAUUUAGCAACAGAUCAUCCAUUGCUCAACACCAGAGAGUUCAUACAGGAGAGAAACCCUAUGAAUGUAAUGUCUGUGGGAAAGCAUUUAGUCUCCGUGCAUACCUUACUGUACAUCAGAGAAUACAUACUGGAGAGAGACCCUAUGAAUGUAAGGAAUGUGGGAAGGCCUUUAGCCAGAAUUCACACCUUGCUCAACAUCAGAGAAUUCAUACUGGAGAAAAACCUUAUAAGUGUCAGGAAUGUAGGAAAGCAUUCAGCCAGAUUGCCUACCUUGCUCAGCAUCAACGAGUUCAUACUGGAGAGAAACCCUAUGAAUGUAUCGAAUGUGGGAAGGCUUUUAGCAAUGACUCGUCCCUUACUCAACAUCAGCGAGUUCAUACUGGAGAGAAACCUUAUGAAUGUACUGUUUGUGGAAAGGCUUUUAGUUACUGUGGAUCCCUUGCCCAACAUCAGAGAAUUCAUACUGGAGAGAGACCCUAUGAAUGUAAGGAAUGCAAAAAAACCUUCAGGCAGCAUGCGCACCUUGCUCAUCACCAGAGAAUUCACAUUGGGGAGUCACUGUCACCACCCAACCCAGUCAAUCACCAGGUCCUAUAGAUCCUGAGUCCUAAAUGUUUCUAGAAUUUAUACUGUUUUUUAUCUUUAAUGUUGUCACCUUGGUCUGAUUCAUCUUACUCUGAUUAUAAUAUAGCUUUCAGACAUGUCUUCCUGUAUUUAUUUUUGCUACCUUUAAAUCCAUUUCCCACAAUGCACUCAAACUGAUCCUUUUUUUCUUUUUUUUUUUUCUUUUUGAGACAAUGUCUUUCUCUGUUGCCCAGGCUGGAGUGCAGUGGGACGAUCUCAGCUCACUGCAACCUCUGCCUCCAGGGUUCAAGCAAUUCUCAUGCUUCAGCCUCCCGAGUAGCUGGGACUACAGACAUGCACCACUAUGCCUGGCUAAUUUUUGUAUUUUUUAGUAGAGUUGGAGUUUUGCCAUGUUGGCCAGGCUGGUCUUGAACUCUGACCUCAAGCGAUCUGUCUGUCUCAGCCUCCCAAAGUGCUGGGAUUACAGGCAUGAGCCACCACGCCCAGCCUCAAACAGUUCUUUUUAAAGUAUAAGAAAACACAUAUGGGCCGGGCGUGGUGGCUCAUGCCUGUAAUCUCAGCACUUUUCGAGGCCGAGGCAGGUGGAUCACCCGAGGUCAGGAGUUUGAGACCAGCCAGACUAAUAUGGCGAAACCCUGUCUCUACUAAAAAUACAAAAUAGCCGGGCGUGAUGGUGCACGCUUGUAAUCCCAGCUACUCUGGAGGCUGAGGCAGGAUCAUCACUUGAACCCAGGAGGCAGAGGUUGCAGUGAGCCAAGAUGGUGCCAUUGCACUCUAACCUGGGCGACAAGAGCAAAACUCCCUCUCAAAAAAAAAAAAAAAAAAAAGGAAAAAGAAAAGAAAACACAUAUUACUAUCUCCAGUUAAAACUUUUUUUUUUUUUUUUGCUUGUUAUUGUUCUUAGACUAAUAUUCACAGCCUUUAAAAUUGUCUGUGGGGCUUUUUGUUAUUUGGUUGUUACACACCUUAUUUUAUUCCAGUCUUCUUUGGGCACUAGGCACUUCCCGCGACUAAGAGCUUAGAUUCUGGAAAAUCAUAGCUCCAACACUACUAUGGCAUUGUGUGACUUUGAGCAAUUUGCUUAUCUAAACCUCAGGGUUUUCUUUAAAUCUUAAAAUAGGAAUAAUACAGGAUACUGUACUUUAGAAAUGUAAGUAUUAAGUGAAAUAGUGUCUGUUGUAGAUUGAUGCAUAUUAAAUGAGAAAUUUGCAUGUAAAGUACUUCAUAUAGUCUGUCAAAUAUAGCAGAUAUUCAAUAAAUGAUAAUAGCUAACGUGUAUUGAGUGCCCACUGCACAUCAGGCGCUGUCUUACAUACUCUACAUAUAUUAAUUCAUCUACUCCUCACAAAACAAGAUUCCUUAUUGGACAAAGGGGAGCAUUCCUGCAAAACACCAGUUCAGAAUUUGGAAAAUCUAAAAAUUUUAGAACAUAAAUGGCAGUCUUUGUACUGUAGCUUAGUAGUUGUUAUAAACUCAGGUAGUGGAGCUAUAUCACUGACAGCCAGUUUUAGGAAGUUUCUAAAGAUAAUGAAUUGGAUAAGCCAAUUAAGAAAAAUGGAAUUCACUGGGAAGAAUGCAGAACUUAUAUUUAGAUCAAGGAAGGAAUAGAAAUGGUCACAAUUAACCAAAAAAAUAAAUAAACAUAGAAAUUCAUGUUUUCCCCUUAAAUAGGCACCACACCCUGGCCAGGUGCAGUGGCUCAUUCCUGUAAUCCCAGCACUUUGGGAGGCCGAGGUGGGUGAAUUAUGAAGUCAGGAGUUCAAGACCAGCUUGCCUAACAUGAAACCCCAUCUCUACUAAAAAUACAACAAUUAGCCAGGUGUGGUGGUGCACGCCUGUAAUCCCACCUACUCAGGAGGCUGAGGCAAGAGAAUUGCUUGAACCCAGGAAACAGAGGUUGCAGUGAGCUGAAAUCAUGCUACUGCACCCCAGCCUGGGCAAUACAGAGAGACUCCAUCUCAAAAAAAAAAAAAAAAAAGCACUACACCCAGGUAAUUGUAUGGUUAAAUUCAGGUAAUUUAGAAGGCAUGUAAACUGUUCCAUACUAUAGAAAAAUGUAAAGUUUUAAAAUUUUUUAUCCAGUGGUUGCAAAAUUGAAAUCAAAAGGGGAUUAAGGGAAGAAAACAACAGAUAGAUACACAAAUAUUAAUAUAGGCAUUCAUUCUGUUAAUACUGAGUAAUUACUAUUUGUCAGACACUGUUUUAGGUAUAAGGAAAUGACAGUGAGCAAUACAAAGGCAUUUUUCUCAUGGAGUAAAAUUCCAGAGGUGGAGACAUAUAAUUAAUACUUAAAUAUAAAACAGUAGAUUUUCUAAACCCAGAAAACAGAAGAGUAACAAGAAAAUAAAUCAAGGAGCAUUAUAUAGCCUAGACUGCAGAGACUCAAUAUAAUAAAGUUGGCGAUUCUUCCUAAUUAACAAAUUUACUGCAAUUCCAGCCAAAAUGUUUGUGUUUUUUGUUUGUUUUUGUUUUUGUUUUGCCCUUUAGCUUGACAGGUUUGUUCUGAAAUUAUCUGUGAGGUAUAAAUUCUUAAGAGCAGCAAGAAAAUUAUCGAAUCUAUUUGUAGAAACUGCAUAUGAUGAUGGUUCAUACUAGUAGAGAAAGAUUGGAUUUGGAGGUAUUACUAGUAGUAAGGGGAUUCACUAGUAGUAAGGGAAAUGCAAAAUAAAAUCACAAUGAACUAUUUCAAAAUCAUCACAUUGGCAAAAGCAUUAGAGUGCCAAUUACUGGAAAGAUGUGGAGCAAUAGGAACACUCAUACGGUGCUAUUGGAAGUAGUUGUGUUUAGCAUAAUUUGGCAAUGUCUAGUAAAGUUGAAGAUGUGAAUAAUCUUUGACCCAGCAAUUCCACGUUUAAACCUCUACAUAGUCUCUCCUUGUGUUUCAAGGAGAUAUAUAUGAUGGUCCAUUGCAGCACUGUUUGUGAGAAUGAGAAGUUGAAAGUAAUCUAACCAUUAGGUUAAAUACAAGAUAGAAUGCAAACUAAAAUGAAUAACGAGAUAUUUCUGUCAACAUGGGUAAACCUCAAAAAUAGUAUUAAUGAAAUUGAACUACAGAGUAUUUUGUAUAAUACAGUAUAACAUGUACAAUUUCAAAACAUGCAAAUUAGUGUUACGUAUAUUUUUCAUGGCUAAAUACUAUAUAAAACGAAUCUAAAAGAAUUCAUAAAAUAAUCAUCAGAUUCAGAACAGUGGUGACCUGCAGGGAGAAAGACAAACGAGACUGGGGAAAGGAUGCAAAUGAAAAUACCUUUAAUUAUUUAUUUCUUUUAAAAAUAAGCAAAUACUGUAUAGCCAAUUCUUAAAAUUUGAUAAAGCUGGCUGUGAGUAUAUGAGUCAGUUCUUACUCUCUGUAUCUUUCUGUAUAUUUAAACUAUUUCAUGAUGCAAAAAUAAAGAAUAUUUAAAUGA